UUUGGAGUCCCUGACUGGGAGCUCCCUCGAGUGUUUUAGUCGUGGACUGGAGUUGGCUUUUCUGUUGUGAUUUAUGUGGAGUGGUUCAAAACAGAAGUUAAUCGCUUGGGGAAGCUGGCGGAGGAGGGGGCGGCGCGCUGCUGCGCAUGCCCAGGAGCUUCCUCGAGUUUGUUACUCAUUCUUUCAGACCUAGACCGCGACUGCAGUUCCAACGGAACACGGUUACGGCAGCUGCAGCCGAACACACUUCCCCACGGGGUUUCUCCCCGCUUUCUACCUUAUAGAGUUGUGCGGAUGUUAUUCUGUGAGAGACCCUGAAACAUGCGGAACUCAUGAAGACCCCGGGUACUUGGUUAAGUGUUGUUGCAGCAUCUGGCAGUGACUCUGAGGAUGAAGACAGCAUGGACAGUCCCCUGGACCUCUCCUCGUCAGCGGCCUCUGGCAAGAGAAGAAGGAGAGGCAAUCUGCCCAAGGAGUCGGUCCAGAUUCUGCGAGACUGGCUGUAUGAGCACAGAUACAAUGCCUAUCCCUCAGAGCAAGAAAAAGCACUGCUGUCACAGCAGACGCACCUGUCCACACUACAGGUCUGUAACUGGUUCAUCAACGCCCGCCGCAGGCUGCUCCCUGACAUGCUGAGAAAGGACGGCAAAGACCCAAACCAGUUCACGAUUUCCCGCCGUGGGGCCAAGAUUUCAGAAGCUAGCUCUAUUGAAGCUGCCAUGGGUAUCAAAAACUUCAUGCCAGCUCUAGAAGAGAGCCCGUUUCAUUCCUGCUUAGUUGGACCCAACCCAACCCUAGGGAGACCAGUGUCUCCCAAACCUCCCUCCCCAGGAUCCAUUUUGGCUCGCCCAUCAGUGAUCUGCCAUACCACUGUGACUGCACUGAAGGAUGGGCCUUUCUCUCUCUGCCAGCCAGUUGGUGUGGGACAGAGUACAGAUGUACAGCAAAUAGCACCCAGCAACUUUACAGAAACCUCUCUCAUGUACCCAGAGGACACUUGCAAAUCUGGACCCAGUCCAAACCCUCAGAGUGGUCUUUUCAACACUCCUCCCCCUACUCCGCCAGACCUCAACCAGGAUUUUAGUGGAUUCCAGCUUCUAGUGGAUGUUGCACUCAAACGGGCGGCAGAGAUGGAGCUUCAGGCCAAACUCACAGCUUAACCGGUUUUUAAACAAAACAGUUCUGCAAAAUAUGGUCCUGGUUGCCAGGGGUGAUGGCAAGAGAUGCAUUAUUUUAUAUAUUUUUCUAUUAAUAUUUGCACAUGGGAUUGCUCAAACGCAGCUUCCUGUUACUAAGAUGUCUUCAAUGGAAUAGAGUCAUUCCAAGAACUACAGACUAAAGCUACUGUAGAAACAGAGGGUUUUCUUUUUGAAUGUUUCUUGGUAGUUUCUCAUAAUGUGAGACGGUUCCCAGUAUCAUGUGAUCUCCUCCCGACUCCUCUUUUUUUUUUUUCCCCAAGACUGUGCAAUACUUGGACGCCCUCGCGCCUCUAUUCCCAUGUGGAACGCGAUGCCUACAUACAGUCUAACGAAUAAACCUUCAGGUUUUUGUUUGUUUUUUUUUUUUUUAGAUUCAAGCAAGUAUGAAUCUAGUUGUUGGAUACCUUUUUUCAUGAUGUAAUAAAGUAUUUUCUUUAAAAGUUAU